AUGGGAUAGCUUGGUAGAACUAGUCAGCAACAACCUGACUGCUUUUUAAACAAACAUACCAUCAUUCCUACCUCCAAGAUGCACACUUAACCCCCACAGGAGCCUUCUCCGGCUUUCUUAUUCUCAUAGGAGCCCGAGGCUUCCCAGCACACUUGGAGAAUCAUCAUCAGGGUGAUGGCCCAAGGGUCUGAGAUACUAGCAAAUACUCAUUUUCUAACCUGAAUCUGAGGUUUCCAAACCAGGAAAGUUCUGGUGAAUAAGUGAAUCCAAGCUAAUCCUGGUUAAAAUGGAGUGUGGCUAAUAAAACAAUCCAGUUUGGCUGGAAAACUAGCUCUGGGGCAGUUCCCAGGGAAGGCUCGCAAACAUCUGAGUAGCAUCGGACUAUGUCUGUGGCGGCAACCUGAGAGGAUCACACCGAGGCACAGCACUCAUUUACAUUUCUCAAUUUUGAUAUAUUUACUGGGGAAAAAAAUCAGUUUGCUCACAUUAAAGUACAUAAGUUAGUAAUGUUUGCAGUAUGUCUUUUCGUUUUUACUAACAGAUUUUUCUGUUUGUUGAGGUCCUCUACCCUUUUAGGACAUAUUCUUUGUGUAGAGGAAUUUAGGAAUUAAGACACUUGUUUUUCUAUGUUAAUGUAUUAAGAAAGAAGUAGUCUCAUAACUGAAGUAGUGCCGAGGGCAAAAUAUGCCCUCGCUGGCAUUCUGGGUUUCUCGGUCUGCUCUGGAGAGAAUCCAAACCUUCCUGGGUUGGCUGAUGGAUUCUGAGGGCCAGUGUAGUUCUUUGCAUCAGCCUCAAGGAGAGAGACGCUCAAGGAGAGCUGUGGUUGGUUUUGGACCGUGCACAAGACAGGGCCACCCAACCUUUGCUUUUCCCUUGAGAUUGUGCCCUGGCUUAGAGAAUGCUCAGGCCACCCAACUCAUUUCAGGCAGGGAACCAGAGAUUUCUGAAACCCCCAGUGAGCCAACCUUCCUACCUGGGUGGCUUUUAUUUUUUUCCUUUACAGAUUGUGAAAAUAAAUCCACAGUCUUUUACAUUCAGGAGUUUGGAGACCCAGGCACACCAUCAUCCACAGCAGGUUUUGCAAACAUCACUGGAGAAAAACUGCCUCUCUGUGGGGCAAUUGAAUUGUCUUCUGCCCCAGCCUGGUAUGUGCUGGGAGGUACCCUGGUCUCACUCGGCUCAAAAUUGCUUUCGUUUUCCAUCUGAGCAGCACCAGCCAUGGGUCCCGCAUUGAAGUGGAGAACACCGCCACCCAGGUGCCCAUACCUCAGGCUUUCUCACCUCGUGGUGCUGGCUGCUCUUUUCAGCUUCUGUUCAGGCACCAUCCAGGUGACCAAGACAGUGAAAGAAAUGGUAGUUCUAUCCUGUGAUUACAACAUUUCCACUGAUGAACUGACAACAGUUCGCAUCUACUGGCAAAAGGAUAAUGAAAUGGUGCUGGCUGUCAUGUCUGGAAAAGUAACAGUGUGGCCGGAGUACGAGAACCGCACCUUAUAUGACAUCCCUAAUAACGUGUCCAUUAUGAUCCUGGCUCUGCGCCUGUCAGACAAUGGCACAUACACCUGUGUCAUCCAGAAGACUGAAAAAGGGUCUUACAAAGUGGAACACCUAACUUCAGUGAUGUUAUUCGUCAGAGCUGACUUCCCUAUCCCUAGUAUAACUGACCUUGGAAAUCCAUCUCCUACAAUCAAAAGGAUAAUUUGUGCAACCUCUGGAGGUUUUCCAGAGCCUCACCUUUCCUGGUUGGAAAAUGGAGAAGAAGUAAAUGCCAUCAACACGACAGUUUCUCAAGAUCCUGAAACUAAGCUUUAUACUAUUAGCAGUGAACUGGAUUUCAACGUGACAACCAACCACAGCUUCAUUUGUCUUGUCAAGUAUGGAGACCUAACGGUGUCACAGACUUUCAACUGGAAAAAAUCUGAGGCACACUCUUCUGAAGCUCAGUUCCCACUCUGGGCCAUUCUCCUAAUCUUAUUAAGUGGGGUUUUUGUGAUCGGAAGCUGUUUAGCCCACAGACCUGUGGCAAGAUGGAGAAGGAGGAGGGAUGGGAAGAGCAUGGAAAUGGAAAGGAUCUCCCCUAUCUACACAGCCUGUGCAGAAAAAGCAGGCUGAACAGAUCAUCUGGAGGUCCCACCUCCACCUGAGAGCCCUCUUCUUGGAACGUCCUCAGAUGGCCGGGAUGAGCCCAUGUUGUCUUUCAUGUGUCUGUUCUCCAGGAGCCUCUUCAUUUCAGCGGCUUUACAGUGACUAGAGCAACAUGGUGGAUGGAAGAAGCUCUGGUGACCUUGAUCAAGUAAUUUAGAAACAUGUAAUUCUUCAGGACUGGAGGAGACAUUGGAAAAUACUUGUCUCAUUAACAGCAGUUAGCCAAGGUCCAGGGAGUGAGCUGAGUGAUAAAGGCCAGAGCCAGAAGCCAGAUUGCCUCGUCUCUGGUGCUCUUUUCCUUCACCAGCCCAGUUCUGUGCUAUUAACUGGCAUGCAUAUACACAUAUACACGUCAGUCAAAGUGCUUCUGGGAUCAGUCUGUCCACCAUUAGGUCAACUUCAGAGACUUGAUCUGAGGCAAUGCAAGAGUAUUUAUGUUGUUGUAGAAAGCAGUCUAAUGUUAACAUGUGAGAAGCAAGUUGGUAUGGAUACCUAUAUGAGGAUAAUGUAAAUAUUGGUGUUUAGCCAGUACUUUAUCUUUUAUCAUGUUUUCCUCUGUUGCUCUCCCACUUUUCCAUCAAAUUUAGGAGAAAACUGAUCUUAACAAAACAAAUUUCCUCUGACAUGUAAGAUGAACAACUUACAUACCUCAAAGCAAUAGCCAGGUUGGGAAGGGAUACUUUGGUUUAAAGAUUCACAUUGUAAUGGUUCAUAUUGGACUGAUAAUCUCCUUAGAUAGCUUUAUGCUAGUUUAACCUCUUCUAUAACAUAUUUAUGAAGUUCUUAUUUAAAAUGAGGUAGGUUUUUAUUAGGUAUAUACUUAACAGGAAGCUGUCUUAAGAAGAAAUCGAUGGAGGUCAUGAAAAUAGCAUUCCAUAGGAAACAGCAUUCCAUAACUAAUUCCUUAGAUCCCUAAAGUGGCUUUUCCUCCUCUGCCUAUCUAGAUCCUUCUGACAUCAGUAGAGAAUUGAAAAGAAAGAGGUGCCCAGCUGCUGUUCCUAUGUUGCUUACUCAUGAUUCCUCUUUCUCUGAAAUUACCUUGCAUAACUUGAUGGCCCAGGAGUGAACCUAACUUAAGCUGGGGCAGUCAGUCAUUCUCAUCUGAAAAUUUGGAGUUGGACAGAAUGUUGAUCAAGUUUCUCAAACAUAGCUGGAUUUAAAAUGUUUAAUUUUGGUACCUAUGAAGGGACUAGAUUAUGCUAGAGAGUCUAAGGAACAAAAAUACACUUUUAAAUGGUUGAUCUCGGAACAAAAUAACUGAAGAAAAUAAAGGAAGGUGACUAUAAGAACUUAAAGUGAAGAAAGAAACAACAACAAAAAAUUGGAAUUUCUGUAUUUAGUUAAGAUUAAAAAUCCUUAGACAUGAUCAAAAGGAGACCUCAGGAAGUCAUUAGCCACAAAACAAUAGAUGGCUUAUUUAUACUUCAAAUAAAUUAUAUUAAGUUACUACAUUUGAUAAAUGUGUUAGUAGUAUUUUCUCAAAGAGUUAUAUUUUACUUUUAUCAUUCUGAUAUUUUUGUGGUAUGAAUAAAAUUAUUUUAAAAACCAAGCAUCUAAUUUUAUAAUUUCUAGUUGAAGGAUUUAAUCUAUAUGUGAGUUUAAAUAAAACAAUGAACAGAUUGACAAACUGCCAAUUUAUCAGCAAUUUAUGAAUGGGGUAAUUAAGAAAAACAUUCUUUAUG